AUGCCUGCUGAUCGAUCAAACAAACGAAGUUCUUUUUCUGGUAGAACUUCUCCAUAUGGUGAACCGCCUCGAGAACAGAUAAAUCCAGAGACCAAUGAAGAAUGUAUGCAACGGGGGAAAAGUCGCUCAGCCUCCGCGCGCAGCAACCCCAUGAAUCCGGGCGCUCGAGGGGUCACAACUUCAUCUGCAAGAGAUACUAAACAGUCAAACCGCAAGGACACCACUUCCUCGGGCACCCUCGGUCGCGGAACAGAGAAAAGCUUCAAUGGUUGCUGGAAGGCAAAGCACACAGAAUCAGAGCUUGCCAGCUUGCCAGAAUUGCCCUCUCACUCCGCUUCCUUCAGCACACGUGACAUUGACACCGCCCCCGGGAUGUCCCCUCCGAGAAAAUGUGCGGAGGCUGAUUGCUUUUUCACGCGUCCAGCUGGGCAAUUCACCAAUAAUAAUAUCCAAAUGAGUGUACCUUCGAAUUUUAACUCGCAAUGGAAUAGCAGCAGUAAGUUUUAUUUGACCCCUCGCAAGAUACAUGUAUGUACUUUGAGCGAUGAUAUUCAUCUGAUCCCUCCUUCACACCCGCUCUGGACCGAAGGAUCAGCUUCGAGCAAUGGUUUUUACAAUGCAGCUCGACAAUUCCCCGAUAAUACUCAAAUGAGCGAAACGCUGCCUUCUGAUUUGUCCUUUCAAUUGAAUAGCGGAAACCCGCUCAGGCCCCAAGGAUCAGCUUCAAGGAAUGACUUUUUGAACGUUCCAGCACAUGGAGGUUUUCCGUUCGUCAGUACCAAUUUCCAGGGUUCAGGAUACCAAAAUACAAUCUACAGUCCUAUGGAAGGAUUCAGUGCUGCAGCCCCACCUGUCCCUUAUGCGCCACAGAUGAUAGGUAUCUCACCCCUUUGCUAUGAAUUUUCAAAAUCUUCAAGAUUACCAACUGUACCACCAAAAGAAACCAAGGAAAAGAAAGAUCAUUGA